CCGGGUCCUGAUGGAUUUUACAUAAAACUGUUUGUCCUCAAAAACACAACAAAUAAUGCGCUGUGUGGUGCUAAUGCUAAUUAGACUGCAUGCUAAUUAGCCGGCUGAGCUAAUCAGGUGGUUAAAUUAGUUUAUUUGUUUACGUCGUCGCUGUUUUGACCUCUAACUCCGACAUUAUCUCCGCCUCUUAAAGUGCCUGUUUUUUAACGCCAGUUCGGUGAACUCCCUUUAAGCUAAAGGUGCUAAUUUACAGAGCAGCUAGCCGGGUUUAAAGGUAGUCUGAGUCCGGUUAAACUGAGCUCUAACCGGGCUUCAGAUGUUGAGCUUCGAGGGUGAAGCUCGGUUGUUAAGUUAAGUGUCCUUAUUGCUUUUUCAGCCGGUUUUCAGUUCAUUUAGACUUUGUUUAGGCGGUUUUUUGAAUGUAGUCUGGAAAUUUGGUUUAAAUGUAGUCUGAGUUUUGUUGAAUGUAGUUUACAUUUUAGUCCUGAGCUUUAAAUGCUGUCAGACCCGUUUUAGACUGAGUUUAAACUCAGUUCUGGGUCACAUGUGUCCUGAUUUGUGUUUAUUUCUGGUUUUAAAAGGGUUUUUUUUUAGUUUAAUUAGAGUUUGAUUUGGUUUUAUUGUGAGUGUAGUCUGGCCUGGCUCACAUAGAGGGUUCAGUUUAGUCCGUUUCCGGUUGAAUUUGGGUUUAAAUGUAGUUUGAAUUUAGUAAAAGCAGGUGGUUCUGGGUCACAAGUGUCCUUAUUUGUAUUUAUUGCAGGUUUUAUUAAAGGUUUUGGUUUUGGUUUUGGUUUGAUGGGGCUAACUUCCUGUCAGACCUGGUCUCUGGUGUCUCUGGGUGUUUGAUGCAGUGGGUCCAGGUCUGAGCCGGGUUCAGUCCCAGCUGUAGCUCAUGAUGGCGGAGCUCCAGCAGACCCCCACCUCGCUGUGCUGCUGCUGUAAAUCCCUCCCGGCCUCGGGGGGGCGCUGUGCGGGGGACUCCGGCCGGCCCUCGGUGGGCCCCGGGUCCCCGCGCUGCCCCCUGGUGGACGUGGCCUCGGCCUCCAACUUCAGGUGCUUCCAGCUGCGUCACCUCCACCUGGACCUGCGGCUGAACUUCGCGGUGAAGGAGAUGAGCGGCUGGUUGGUCCUGGACCUGGUCCCCAUCCAGCCGGGGGUUCACACGCUGGUCCUGGACUCUCACCCCUCCCUGCUCAUCCACUCCAUCGACUGUAAGGGUCCCGGGGCCCCGCAGGAGGAGCCCGUGUCCCUCACUUACCGGGUCGACCCGUUCACCGACUACGGAUCCUCACUCAACAUCAGCCUGCCGACGACCCUGAAACCAGGAAGACUGAUCCACAUCACAGUCCGCUACACCACCACAGACGGACCAGCGAUCUGGUGGCUGGACUCGGAGCUGACCUGUGGUCAGUCUCGUCCUCUGGUCUUCACUCAGGGUCACUCGGUGUGUAAUCGCUCCUUCUUCCCCUGCUUCGACACGCCCGCCAUCAAGAGCACCUACACCGCCUCUGUCCGGGUUCCAGACGGCGUGACGGUGCUGAUGAGCGCGUCUCGCAGUUCGUACUCCAAACAGGACCGAGUCUUCCAGUUCUCCAUGGAGUUCCCCGUCCCGUCCUACCUGGUGGCGCUGGUGGCCGGAGAGCUGCAGCACGUCGACGUCGGCCCGCGGAGCCGCGUGUGGGCGGAGCCGUGUCUGCUGUCGUGUGCGGUGAAGAAGCUGGGCGGCAGCGUGGAGCGCUGGCUGGGCGUGGCCGAGGAGCUGUUCGGAGCGUACCUGUGGGGCAGGUGCGACAUCGUCUUCCUGCCCCCGUCCUUCCCCAUCGUUGCCAUGGAGAACCCCUGCCUCACCUUCAUCAUCGCCUCCAUCCUGGAGAGCAGCGAGUUCCUGCUGAUCGACGUCAUCCACGAGAUCGCGCACGGCUGGUUCGGCAACGCCGUCACCAACGCCACCUGGGAGGAGAUGUGGCUGAGCGAAGGACUGGCCACCUACGCCCAGCGGAGGAUCACUACUGAGGCUUACGGUGAGGCGUUCACCUGUCUGGAAACUGUCGUCCGAUUGGACGCCCUCCACAGACAGCUGCGUCUCCUAGGAGACAACAACCCUGUGAGCAAACUGCAGGUCAAGUUUGAGCCAGGUGUGAAUCCCAGCACUCUGAUGAACCUCUUCACCUACGAGAAAGGUUUCUGCUUCGUGUCGUACCUGUCUCAGCUCUGUGGAGACGUCAGGCGCUUCGACUGUUUCCUGCGGGAUUAUAUCUCAGAGUUUAAAUUUAAAAGUGUGGUGGCUCAGGACCUCAUCGACUACUUCCUGGGUUAUUUUCCUGAGCUGAAGAACGCCGCCGUCGCUCAGAGAGAAGGCCUGGAGUUUGAGCGCUGGUUGAGCGGGUGCGGUCCUCCUCCGUAUGAGCCGGAUCUGUCAGCAGGGGGCGCUCUGACCCAGCCGGUCCAGGAUCUGUGUGACGUGUGGAGGAGCGGCGACGCCCCCGACCUGCAGGCCGUGUCCACCUUCCACCUGUCGACCUGGAGCACCUUCCAGAUCGUCCUGUUCCUCGACCGCAUGCUGGACCACUCGCCACUGCCACACGAUGUGAUGGUGAGUCUGUCGGCUCGGUACUCGUCUCUGUUCGACGGUCUGAACGCUGAGGUUCAGAUCCGCUGGCUGCAGAUGGUGGUGAGGAACAGCUUCUACCCCGACCUGCCGCGAGUCCGAGCCUUCCUGCACAAACACACUUCCAGGAUGUACACGGUGCCGCUGUACGAGGACCUGGUUGCCGGGGUGAUGAAGUGCGUCGCCGUGGAGAUUUUCUACCAGACGCAGCGCCGCCUGCAUCCGAACCUCAGACGGACGUUACAGCAGAUCCUCUUCCAGACCGGCGCCGCACCGACCAAUCAGAACAGCCCCGCACUCCCCCUCAUACCCUCCUCCCCUUCUCCAUCCCUUUCCCCGCAGCCGGCUGCCACGGCAACCGCCUCCUCCACUACUGGCGCCGGGACGACCAACGGCAUCGCUCUGCGGGACGUCAACGUCUCUGCGUGAUGACGGUCUUCAUCUCCACCAUCAUCAUCAUCAUCAGCAGCAGCAUCAGCAGCAGCAGCUGGCCGGUGAUGGAAGCUGUUGCCGUGGUGACGGCAGCAACAGCGGACUUAGAACUACAGACGCUGAAAGUUUAAACACUGUGAGCAGUAAAAAAAAAAAAAAAACGACAGGAAGUUUCACUCCAGAGAUUGUUAAAGUCCGAGUCGUGACAGGAAGUCGAAUCUGAAGGUCGUGGAGGUCGAAGGUCGGGGGCUGCUCCCUCAUCAUGUGAUUGGCUGCUGAGGCUGAAAGGAGAUGUCAGAUUUGUUAGAGUCGAAGCGUCUCAGCAGCAGUUUGUCGGUUUGACAUCAAAGAGUUUUAUAUUUUCUGAUCCAACGUGACUCAGACGCCCGUUUCUGCCAACGACACACACGCGAUGAGUCAGAAAACAACUUCUCUCCUGUUUGUCAGCUCAAACUACCAGGAAACCAAAUUACAACAAAGAUUUUCACACUAAUUAUCUGCUGAUUUUAACUUAAAAACACUCAAAUGUUGAUUUUAUUUUAUUUUUGUGUUGUUUUUCUGCUUCAAGCUUCUCAGUUUGGUUUGUGGCUGCAACUAAUGAUUCUUUUCUUUAUUCAUCGUUUCUGAGUCUAAAACGACGUCUUCAGAUCAAAACAUUCAGUUUAUAACGAGAAGAAUAUCUGACACAGUGUUGAGGAGAAUUCAGUGUCGUGUCUUUUUCCUCUGAAGAUGAAGAUGUUUAAUUUUAGCAAAGUGAGCGCUGAGCUCAUCCGCUCGUGUUAGCGUGACGUCACGCUAACGGCGACGACACCGUUCGAGCGUCCGAUUACAGCUUAACGAGAUUUCACACAUCUGUAGAAACAUCAAACGUGACGGCAGGUAACGAUGUGAGUCCAGAUGUGAAAGAGAAACUUCUUUUGAUAGAUUUACUGGUGAUAAUGUGGAGAUUUUUCUUCUCUUAGUAAGUUUGUUUUUAAUUUUCAGUUUGUGAGUGGAAACAAGUGUGAGGUGUAAACAGCAGCUGUGUGGAUAAAAAAAAUCAAUAUAAACAGACUGAGUGAAUAAAUGAU